UAGACCACAGUAAUAAUGGCGGAGGAGGCAGCAAGUGUGAUCGGGCUGAUCUGCAGCCGCCUCGGGAGUGUGGAGUUCGAGACCCUGGUGCAGGAGGCAGCAGUGGCAGAUUUGGAAACUGUGAUCGAGAAGAGUGAAUCUCUGACUAUCAUCCAGAAAAACACGAACAAAACGGUCCUGAUCACCUCGAAACUCAGGCGCUGCAGAGGAGAGUGUGGAGAAACCUGUUCUGAUCUACACCUGUGCAAAUUUUACCUUUUGGGGCAAUGCAACAUACACCGGUGUAAAUAUGGCCACAGUCUGGAGACGCAGCACAACUCCGAGGUCUUGCAUCAACACGGGUUUCAGGACCUGAACAGAGAUCAGCUGCGUGUGAUCCUCCUGCUGAACGACGGCUCGCUGUUACCCAACGUCUGCGUCGCCUACAACAAAGGCAGUGAUGAGUUCGGGAAGUGUCCUGAAAAGGAGGCCUGCAGUCGUCUUCACAUCUGUGAGAAGUACAUCAGAGGGCAGUGUGACGGCAGCAGCGAGUGCAAACGAUGCCACGAUUUCUACGAGCCUCAUCCCUGGGAAACCCUGAAGGCCAGAGGAGUAGGUGGUCAGUUAGUCGGGUCACUUUUGCUGAUCUACAGGAAUAUCCUGACCUUAAGGGAGCACAGAAAUGCUCAGGGAAGAUCUUGGACCAGGAGCAAGGAGAACCCGAAAUCUGGUGUCAGAGCCAAAGUGUCCUUACAGACGAACACAGAUGAUGUGAUCUGCCUGUUCUCUAUCAGGGGAAUCUGCAAACGAGAGAAAUGCUGGAGAGUCCAUUUUGGUCUUCCCUAUAAGUGGGAGAUGGAGAUGGAUGGGGUUUGGAUGGACCUCCAUAACAGUGAAGCAAUCGAAAGAGAUUACUGCGAUCCAGCCAAAACCCAGAGUGUCGGCUGCGAGCCCGUGCGUUUUGACACGAUGACGCGGGGACUUCACCGGGUGCGGCGUCUCUCCACGGUGUCCUCCGUGAUGGAACCCAACUUCAGACACACUACAAAGUGGAUCUGGUACUGGAAGAACGAGUAUAAUUCCUGGAUCCAGUAUGGAUCUGUUAAGGAGAUGCACAGGCUGUCCUCCAUCACCAGUGACGAGCUGGAGAAAAAAUAUCUCCACUACCUGGAGGACAAGACGCAUGAGAUGGUGAAGUUCACGGCGGGUAAACAUUGUUAUGAGCUGAAUUUCAGAGAUAUGAAGCAGAGGAACGAUCUGAGUAGCUCAGAGAGAGCAGUAAGACGCAGACCGUUUUUUGUUUCUCUCUUCGAUAUCCGCACUACAAGAAUCAGAAGAGUUCCAAACUCCAGCUCUCAUCUGGGUGUCCCAGGAUUUUGGGAUAAAUCUGCAAUUCCUGACUCGGGAUUUCAGCGCGUCUUUCUUGACGCAUCUCACAGGGACUACAUCAGGGUGCAGGAACUUUUCAACAAGACCAUGAAGGAGUUCAACAUCCUGACCAUCGAACGGGUUCAGAACAAGGAAUUAUGGGAGGAUUUCCAGACGAAAAAAGAACGAAUGAAAAAAGCAAACAGCGACAAAAAAUACGGCGAGGCGGAGCGACUGCUAUUCCAUGGCACCAACGCCAGGAACAUCGACGCUAUAUGCCGCCAGAACUUCGACAUGAAGGAGUCUGGAGCCAAUGCAACAGUGUACGGUGAAGGCUGCUACUUUUCCAGGGAUGCGAAAUAUUCCACCGAUUACACCGAUCGCUACGGCGACAGAUCCAUGUUCGCAUGCAGGGUGCUGGUCGGACAGUACGCCAAAGGAGCGCCCCAUUUUCGCAGACCUCCGUCCAGAGACGCGGCAGGAAACCUUUACGACAGCUGCGUAAACACCGUACACGAGCCCACCAUCUACGUAAUCUUCGACCGGUCCCAGGUUUACCCAGAAUUCCUCAUUACGUAUGAGAAGUCCAGCAUCCCAAAAGAUAUCAGAGUAAUUUGUUCAAAUGUCAGCGAGUCUUCCGGUAUUUCCGCGAGCGACGUCAUGUCCUGGGACAUAUUAUCUUCUGCGAGCAUCUCUACGACGAGGUCUCCUUCAGAUCCAGCAGCAAAUCCAGAUAAAGAUGUCUUUUUGGAGACAAAUGAUGCAAAAAGCCUAACAAAUGUAGUCACCGGAGCUCCGAAAACAGACUCAAAGUCGUCGUGUGAUUUAACUUCACACAGCAGGUUGCUCAGAGAGUUCGACCAGAGCUUGAGAACAUCUAAAACGAUUCCAGGUUUGACCCAUUUAGACCCAUCUAGUCUAACAGGGAACAGAGCUCCGUCUGGGAUUGAGGAAACCCUUCAAGAGACCGUGACAGCUUGUACCUCCAACUCAUUGGAUCCAUCGCCACGUUCUCCAGACAAACCCAAGAACCUUGAUGCUUCCUCGAUCACCUUCUUCACAGAAAUUGAGAACAAAACCUCAAAACCCAGUUGCGCUCCAGGUUAUAAUCCGUCUCGCUCUGGAUCCUCAUCAUCCUCUCAUGAAACCUGGUCCUCUAGAGAUGUCGACCAAAGCUUUCACAUCGCUGAUGAUAAACUAAACGUGAUCCAAUCAGCAUGUAAGUUUGGCUCAGAACUAAGUUUCGGUUCCACUAACACACCUGAGGAACUCUUCCCUCCAAAGCCAGCUCAGGUUUCUUCAUCUUCAUCGACAUCCACUGGAAAGUCAGCCCAAGUCUUGGCUAUAUCUGUGAGAAAUCCAGAAACAUUCAAGCAAAGAUCAAACCCGGACUUGGUGGCUACACAACGAUCUUCAGCUCACAGAGAAGCUGUGAGAAGCAACCACUCUCACCCACUUUCAGCUGCACCAGAUUUAGAAAUUCAUAGCUCUGGUACACCUUUUUCCAUCAUUCCAGUUUUCUCCGACCUCUCAGUGACGUACAGGGCCGGUUCCUCUUCAGCUCCUGAGCCGUCUCUCUCUGAAGGCUUUUCUUCAGUUUCCUUUAAUGGAACGCAGCCUCCUGAUGUCUCUGCUAAACAACCUCCUGCGAAAAGCCCAAACCCUCAGAACGUCCCACAAGCUCAAAGCGUGAAGAGCAGCGAGUGCGUGGUGCAGUGAAGCCUUCGAAUCGCUUCGGUGGAAACAAACAUUGAUUUCAGAUAAAUGUAGCAUAAUCGCUGCUCCACGUGACCUUCACAACGCGAUGUACGAAGACACGAAUAACCUCCUUUUCAAUCUUCUGAGACCGCAUUCAAAUCAGUUUUCACGUAUCCUCUCACGUGUUUUAAUAAAAGUUAUAACGUUUAUAUUUUCCUAACAAUUUUAAAUAAAAAAAUGCGUGCUCGCUUAAAUAAUAUAUAAACGAAUAGUUUUGAAUAUUCGUACAAAUAAAAUAUCGAAAAAUAAAAUUAAAUAAAUCAAAUGAAUGCAUUACAUGUAUUCUUAUUUAAUCAAUUUUAUUCAAUAAAAUUCAAUAGUUUGCAUUUGUAGUUUGAGGAAUAAACGAUCUAAUGAACUUCUCCCAGGAUUUCUCUCCAGCGAUGUGGGAACAGAACCACACGUGGUACAACUUGAUUAGAAUAUUCAUGUCGCUAUAAAACCUUUUCGUAAGUAAAUGCACAUUUUAUAUGCAGCCAAUAGAAAUCCUUGUUUGCACCAAUACAUUAUAUAAGAGAAAAGAUUAUAGCUGUGAACACGCAUCUGACUGGUUGGAUGAAUUGAACUUGUUCGUACUCCGAAUUGGUUCUGAUGUCCGUGGGUUUCAGCGAGAGGACCAGCGGAUGGAGCAAUGGCAUGAAGGCAUGGGGUAUAUACAUUUUAUAUAUAUAUAUAUAUAUA